CAAUCUCCAAAUACUUAUUCCUCUUAUAAAUGGCAUUAGAACAAUCCUUAGCGGCUUUAUCAUUGGCCACCGUAUCCAGUGAGUCGGCCACUCCCACGAAGACUUUAGUUUUCAAACCAAAGACCGCAAAGACUGCCACCCCUGUUCCUGUGAUAGUGUUUGCUCUUCAAUCAACUCAAACUCCUUCCAAUGUGAUUGCCAAAGCUGCUGGAGUUAAGGAACCAAGAUUGGCCAAAGAAGACUUGAUCCAAGAGUUCUUUGCUACGUCUCCAAAGGAAUUUUCCAUUGCUAAUUUGAACAAAGAUUCAGCUGCAAAGGUCAAGUUUGUGAUCGAUGAGAGCAUCGUUAAGGCACCUGAGGACACCGUUUUGGAGUUGUCUACUGAGAGCUCCAAAGCUUCUUUACCAGCUAAAAUUGUUGUGUCAUUCUUGGAAUCCAUUGGCGUUGAUUUGAUUGCUGUCGACUUUUCAGCUGAUGAAUUGACUGAAGUAGCUCCAAAGAAGGAAGUCAAGAAGAAGGAUAAGGAUGCUGCUAAAAUCGAAGAUGCCAAGUUGAUUGGUAUUAACGUGGACAAGGCCAAGGACUUUUCUACCUGGUAUUCGCAAGUUGUCACUAAGGGUGAAAUGUUGGAUUACUAUGAUGUUUCCGGAUGUUACAUUUUGAGACCAAACUCCUACUUUGUCUGGGAAACCAUUCAAGACUGGUUCAACAUUCGCAUCAAGAAAAUGGGGGUGAAGAACUCGUACUUCCCAAUGUUUGUUUCUUCUAGAGUUUUGGAAAAGGAAAAAGACCAUAUUGAAGGGUUCGCUCCAGAAGUUGCUUGGGUUACUCGUGCUGGUAGUUCCGAAUUGGAAGAACACAUUGCCAUUAGACCUACUUCUGAAACCGUUAUGUACCCAUACUACAGCAAGUGGGUUAGAUCUCACAGAGACUUGCCUUUGAAGUUGAAUCAAUGGAACUCUGUGGUCAGAUGGGAAUUCAAGCAUCCUCAACCAUUUUUGAGAACCCGUGAAUUCUUAUGGCAAGAAGGACACACUGCCCAUUUGACCCGGGCUGAAGCCACUGAAGAAGUUGAUCAAAUCUUAGACUUGUACGCGGGAAUCUACGAAGAAUUGUUGGCGGUUCCAGUGAUCAAAGGUAAGAAAACCGAAAACGAAAAGUUUGCCGGUGGAGACUACACCACCACUGUUGAAGGGUAUAUUGCAGCCACUGGUAGAGGUAUUCAAGGAGCUACUUCUCACCAUUUGGGUACCAAUUUCUCCAAGAUGUUUGAUAUUUCUGUUGAAAAUCCUGAAGGUGCUGAUAAGCCCAAGGUAUUUGCUUUCCAAAACUCCUGGGGUUUGUCCACCCGUGUGAUUGGUGUGAUGGUUAUGACUCACUCGGAUAACAAGGGGUUGGUCUUGCCUCCUCGUGUUGCUCAAAACCAAGUGGUGGUGAUUCCCGUUGGUAUUACCUCCAAGACUACAGACGAAGAAAGAAAAGCUAUCAACGAUGGGGCUGCCAUCAUUGAAAAGAGAUUGAAGUAUGCUGACAUUAGAGCUCUUGGUGACUACAGAGACAUCUAUUCGCCUGGUUGGAAGUUCUCCGACUGGGAAUUGAAGGGUGUCCCAUUGAGAGUCGAAUUUGGUCCUAAAGACAUGAAACAAGAACAAGUUACUGUGGUCAGACGUGAUAACGGAGAAAAGAGCGUGGUCAAGUUGGCUGACUUGGAGAAGCGUAUUCCUGAAGUGUUGGACCAGAUUCAGUACAGCUUAUUGGCCAAUGCUCGUAAGGAAUUUGACGAACACAGAGUCAUUGUCAACGAAUGGAAGGACUUUGUGCCUACCUUGAACGCCAAAAACGUCAUUUUGUCCCCAUGGUGUGGAGAUGCUGACUGUGAAGACGAUAUCAAGGAUUCCUCUGCUAAGAAGGAUGAUGGAGAAGAUGAAGAAGUGGAUGAAAAGGCCCCAUCGAUGGGAGCCAAGUCCUUGUGUAUUCCAAAGGAACAGCCUACUUUGAAGGAGGGCCAGAAGUGUGUCAAGUGUGACAGAGCUGCCGUAAAUUACUGUAUGUUUGGAAGAUCUUACUAAUUAAUAUAUAUAACUUGUACAGUGCUAGUUUUUGUACUGAUCCCAGAACGGCAGUUUCUCCAACUCUUGUGUCAGAAUGCUACACACCACUGUGUGAUGAUCUUCUCUAACCAAAUAAUACACCUCUUUAAGCUGCAACUCUUUGACAUACUCCAACACUUUAUGAUAAUUAAGGCCUAUCUGCUUCAUUCCAUGAGAGUCAUCCGACAAACAGAACCGCCCCCCGUGAUCCAAGAUGGCGUGGGCUAUCACCGGCUUGGGGUACGGCGUGGCCCAUCCUUUCCUUAUAGCAGCCGAAUUUAACUCGAAUAAUCCACCAUAACUGGCUGCCAAUUCAAUGUUCUUAACGAUCUGGGCCCAAACUUCAGGCCAGUCAGUCUCCAUGUCUAUAUUCAUCACAUUCUUGCCAGUUGUUGGGUCUACAUCAUCCUGAGGCUGAAAGAGACUUAUCAAGUCAAAAUGUCCCACCACAUCAGGCUUAAGCUUGUCUAUCAUAGUAUGUUGCAUCUCAUAAUACCGCUUGUACAACUCUCGGGACGUCUUCAGGUCCGUGUGAUCCCGGGCCUUUCGCCACAAGUCCUCGUCAAAGUCAAUGGGUUCACCCAACGCAUGGUGAACAGACCCUACUAUCAUGUCAAACCUACUUUUUAACUUUACAGCAUGUUCAAUAUGGUCCAAGUCUGCUCCUUCGACCUCGAACCCCACUAAUAUCAUCAUCUUAUCCUUGUACUCGAGCUGCAAGCGGCGGGCAUGGGUUUCAUAUUGCUCAAAUAUGGUGUUUAGUGUCUUACAAUCAUAGCCCUUAACAAUCUCUUCUGGGUACAUGUACUUGGAGUCAAAUCGGGGCAUGUGCUCCGUUAAGCAGAACUGGGUAAACCCCAUGACAUAUGCCUUGGCCACCACCAGGUCCAAGUCGUCCACCGCGUGGCUGACGUACAGUCCACUGUGUGAAUGAUGUGAAUGCAUUGUGGUGGAGGUGAGUUGC